CCAACAGAGAAAACGGUCUCCGUUUCCGCCCUACUGUUCCCAAUCAACUGUUAAAGCAGCAAGCGCAACAAGCCACUUCCGGACAGGUAAAGCCGCACGUACCCGGCUGUAAUAUGGAUACCACCUGCGAAAGUGUAGAGCAGGUUUCUGGCGAAGUGGUGUCAGUGGCCCAUGCUCUUUCUCUCCCAGCCGAGUCAUAUGGCAACGACCCUGAUAUUGAGAUGGCUUGGGCCAUUCGAGCAAUUCAACAUGCCGAAGUCUAUUACAAAUUGAUUUCAUCAGUUGACCCACAGUUCCUGAAACUCACCCAAGUAGAUGACCAAAUCUACUCUGAGUUCCGUGAAAAUUUCGAGAAGCUCAGGGUAGAUGUAUUGGACCCAGAAGAACUCAAAUCAGAAUCAGCUAAAGAGAAGUGGAGGCCAUUCUGCUUAAAAUUUGAAGGGAUCGUAGAAGACUACAACUAUGGUACUUUGCUACGACUGGAUUGUUCCCAGGGUUACACUGAGGAGAACACCAUCUUUGCACCCAGGAUUCAAUUUUUUGCAAUUGAAAUUGCUCGGAACCGGGAAGGCUAUAACAAAGCAGUUUCCAUCAGUAUUCAGGACAAAGAAGGAGAGAAAGGAGCUGACAAUAAAGAAGAGGAAGCUGAGAAAGGAGCUGAUAGUGGAGGAGAAAAAGAGGAAGGAGUCAACAGAGAAAAGUAAAAACUAACCAGGGAGGAGAAAAGGAAAGCCAAGAAACAUGUGACUCAGCUGAACCCACGAGUAUCAGGUGCUACUUGCCCUGACCCUUUGAUUGCCCCUGUGCAAAUGGAAGACUGUGAAGGACUUCUCUCUAGCUAGGGAGAGAAGUUGCUCCGGGUGUAAUAGCUUAAACACAAUUAGCAGAGUCUCUUAGUUAACUGUUGCUUCAUAUCCUGUUUCUUGGCUGGAACUGUUGCUGAACUGUUGCUGAAGUAAGACAUUUUGUAAACAAAUUCCUUUUGGUUUGUAUUAUGACUGGUUUUGGAGAGUAUUUACAUUUAUGUGAAACUUCAAAAAAAUUCAGGUAUAUGAUCUCAUUACCAUGUCUCAUAUAAGACUGUCUAUUAAUGUAUUAGCCUGUACCUGGUAUUGGCAUUAGAAGGCCAUAUAUAUGAACUGACUCUUAGCCAGGCCUAGUGGCUCAUACUUGUAAUUCCAUGGAAGGAUGAAAUAAGAGAAUUGCAUGACUUUGAGGCCAGCCUGAGUUAUAAAGUGAGACUGUGUCUCAAAAAUAAAUUGCCUCUGUGGUGACUAUAACUGUCUGAUUUCCUUUGCUCUAUUAGAAAGAUAGAAAUCCUCGAGGGAACAGCCGCCCCAGAGAGUGCAGACCCGUUGAUUAGAGAAAAGAGAAGAGCAGAGAAUGUUGGCACUCUCUUUUGUUGUUGUUUGUUUUUCUGAGACACAGUCUCACCUUAUACACUAUUCUGACCUAGUAUUCCCUAGGUAGGUCAGGUUAGUUUCAUACUCAGAAUCCUGUCUUGUUCAUCCUCUGAUAGCUUGGUUCUUAUCUGAAAUCUAGCCAAUAAUAAUAAAGGUGGCCUUUUAUCCCCCAUUAAACACAGGAGAAAAGUAAAAAUUAAAUGUGAUUGAUAUAUUGUACUGUACAUAAGAAAUGAAAAGAACAUCAUGUAGCUAGCAAUAGCACUUGUAGACAAAGCAAACAAGUUUCUAACUUCUCUUUCGCAAACUCUUAAGACUAUUUCAAACAUUCAUUAAAAUUUUCCUUUUAUAAAAUAGUGAAUAGUUUUGAAAGAAUAGGAGACUUUCCUAUAUUUUAUAUUAGCCAGGCUGUUAAGAAAAAAAAAUCUAUUCUGUACUGUGUACAUUUCCUCUAGUUCUAGUUGGUUACAGUUGUAUGUCCAUAUAUACUGUCUGAGAAGUUUAGAAAGAAAAAUUAUUCACCACAUAUAUUGCAGUUCUGUCACAGAGACUGAGGCAGCACACACAG